CAAUACCAAAACUAAAGUCAUUAAUGUCGAAAAUUCUUACAUACCUGCGAGAUCACGUCAUGCUGUUUACCAGCUCAAAGGUAUAAAAUAAUCUAAAAUUUGAAAUAAUUGGUUGUUUUUUUCUGGAUGAAAAUAAACUAUGGAUCUUCGAAUUUUCGUAUUGCUCAUCGGCGUAGUGUCUGUGGUCUCAGAAUGUGAUCCACCACCUUGUAGAGGCAGCAACAUCCCUGGAUUCUGUACAAAUGUUUUUGAUGUGGUGACUGCUGGUACUAGUGACUACGAGCAUCUUUUUCCUGUCAGUCAAACAGGUUGCAAUCAAACGGAAAUUAGAAAACAAAACUGCUGCCCGAAGGCGAAUAAAUACGAGUGCACCUCAGCAAGAAGCGAUUGCCUUCCCCUGUUCUGGUACAAAGAUAGCAUCUGUAUGGUCGUUUGCCCAAAGAAUAUCACCUACACUGUCUGCACCUGCGAUUAUUGCAUCCCGGACUGUACACUAAACGAAUGGUGCACCCUGCAGUCCAGCAGAUGCACCCCAUCAUGUGGACGGCUCUGGAACGUCGAGGUGUAUUGCAUCCACCCGCGAAGCGAUCUCCCGUCUUUUAUGACCAGUCUCAACCUUUGUCUCGCUACAGCAUGUCAUUGUAUCCCAAAAACUGAUGCCACAGGAGGUGUGUAAUAAAGCGCCACCUAUCUUCGAUUGACGUCUUGCAGUGUGUGUUCUUUACAUCAGUUGCUCGAGCUCAAUUAUUUCCUGGACAAAUUAAAACAACGUUUGAACAACUGUUAAACUCUACUAGAAAAUUCGAAUUGAAUUAAACGUGUAAAUCAUCGAA